GGAAUGGACCCCAUGGGUCAGAACACCGAUGAGGAGGAGAGCCACAGUAGAAAGAGAAAGCGUGCAAGGCUAGAAGAAGACGACGAAGUGAUUUCUCAGAGGUUUCAGCGGCCCGGUAGCGGGAUACGGAGGAGAAGAGAACAGCAGAAGAAAAGAUCAGGUAGAUUUCUCUGAGUUUAGUGAUUAUUAUGGAUGAGGGUGGGCAGAGGGGGAAUGGGAGAUACAAGACUGACCAAUACAAACCAUCUCAUGCACAGUGGAUGGCACCUCAGCAUCACCUGAAGGAAAACCAGACCAUAAAACUCAUCAUGGCCGAACGCGACAAAGCUCUUCAAGAACGUGAUCUUGCCAUUUCUGAGAAAAAAGCUGCUUUGGUUGAACGGGACAUGGCAUAUCUCCAGCGGGAUGCUGCAAUUGCUGAGAGGAAUAAUGCCAUUGUAGAACGUGACAAUGCUAUUGCAUCUCUUGAAUAUGCACGUGAGAAUGGCAUGAGUGCUAGCUGUGGACCUGGAUGCCCUUCUGGUCACCAUGGAUCUAAACACACGUACCACUACCACCACCAGCAGCAUCUUCAGCAUAUCCAUCCUCCAUCACAACAGUUGGUAGAUGCCUCUGGCCAAAAAAAGGAUGCACAAGGUGAGAUGUUUCCCAUAUCAGCUGCUUCAGAGACUGGAGUGAAGGCCCUGAAGGCCAAAAGGGGAGGGAAGGUGACCAAAGUCCAAUCGUCUUCAUUAAAGAAACCUAGGAAGAGUAAAAGGGGUGGAGGUGACAAUUUUAGCAAGCAGGUCACAAUUGCAAAGAAAGCUGGGGAGUGGAGAGGUGAAGUUGGAAUAGGGGAGGAUCUGACAAAGCAGGUUUCGAUGGCAAAGCAUCAUGAGUGGAAGAGUCAAGACCUGGGCCUGAACCAGGUGGCAUAUGAUGACACGACGAUGCCGGUUCCUGUUUGCUCAUGCACUGGGAAAUACCGCCAAUGCUACAAAUGGGGGAAUGGAGGAUGGCAGUCUGCCUGUUGCACAAUGACACUUUCCAUGUACCCACUACCGGUGAUGCCCAACAAGCGGCAUGCCCGUGUUGGGGGGCGCAAGAUGAGUGGAAGUGCAUUCAGAAAGCUUCUAAGCAGGCUUGCAUCAGAGGGUCAUGAUCUAUCUCUACCAGUGGACCUGAGGGAACACUGGGCUAAGCAUGGCACAAAUCGGUACAUUACUAUCAAGUGAGGAAGACUGUUGGAGAAGGGAAGGGAAAGAUGCCAAACACAUUUAUAACUUGAAUUAACCUCUGGUUGGUCUUUCUUUUCCCUUAUGUUGAAAUUAUAGUGUACGAUUCAGGUCUAGUACUAAGAGGUGCAGUCUUCUGAUGCUUGAGAGCUCAAUUGUAUCUGCCUAUCCUGGAAGGAGAUUUUUCUAAAUGGAUUCUGUUUCCUGAUGGAUUA